UACACAUGCGCAAAGAAUUCCAGCACGCCUUGAUAUUUGCGCCAGUAACAAAUUUGCGAUAUCUGUUCAUAGAAAAAGAUUAAAAUAAAUGUUUAUUGAGAAAAAUGAUUUGAUUCGUGAAUAAGAUACUACUAUUAAUAUUUUUCUUCCUCUGAAAUUUCGUAAGAAAUGUUAAACUGGAUAUAUUAGAUGUAAAAAUGAAGGGAACUUUAUUUUACGGACUAUUUUUCGGAUUUAUUUGUGCGUGUGUAUGUUUUACAGAGGAAGAUAUUCAAGCUUGUCAGGAUGACACUUUCGGCGUUAUCGUCUGCAGCAGCGUUAAUUUCUACAGGGAAUGUUUAGUGUCCGGAGCUAAUCAGGUUCAUGCAAUCAAACUCAACAAGAACUUUACACGUGCAAAGUGCGAGUUUAAGAAAACGUUUGGAUAUCGUGGCAACGCAAUUUGGGUUUCCGGCGGUUGCAGCGGAGAAUUCUACUUAUGUUACGAAGGAGCUCCGAUGCCAAGUGGUAGACCCGUGACGUCAGUUCCUGUCAAAACGACAAAACGUGAUGUUGCAGUAGUUAGUGCAUCGUCUAUAAAUGACAACAACAUUUGGAUUUACGUAAUAGUCGCAUCUGGAGUUGUCCUUGUUGGUAUUGGUCUUAUCGUCGGAUGUGUUGUGAAAAGACGCCAACAGGACGACAAAUCCAGACAGCUUGCUGAGAAACGGCAGAUCAGAAUAGAACUAAAGGAGCAUCGCGAAAAUAUGGAAGAAAACGGCGUUACCAUGGUCCCCAUUGCAAAUAGGUCACUCUCUUUAGAAAGUAUAAAUUAUGGCGAUUCUUUUAAUUACGGUUAUGGAAAUGAGAAAGAAGGCUCCGUCUGCUCAAGUCGUAGUUCUAAUUCCGGUAUGACGUUAAUGUCUGCGCGCACAACCGGAUAUUUAAUGAAAACGAGGCCGGCUAUACAUGGUAGCAUGAGACGAAUGCAAGGCGGAAUACUUAAGAAAGGAAUAAGUACCCCUGACAUCAGUGUUCUUGGUAAAAUGUAUUCCGAUGCCAGUAUCAACUCACAUCACCACAGAGCAUCUCUGCGUAGGCAAAGCAAGAACUCUUUGGUAAGAGGUAGUCAAAGCAGUUUAGAAAGUGUAAGGGAGGUAUGUAAUAAAUACAAAGUUUUCGAAAUCCCUCUAGAAACGAAAAUACAGCAACAGUACAGACGACCUUCAAAAUAUAACACAGUCAGUUUCGGUGUCGGAAGCAGUCAGAGAAUUAACGAUAGUAGAAUAUAUUCACUUCCGGAAAACAUUCCUAAAAAUAGCGCUGUAGGAUUCACCAGAAGUGCGCAUGAACAAGCAUACAGAUAUAGCAUGAGGAGCUUGCCAGGAAGUACCAGAAACAGCAGACGAACAAGUAGUCGAAGGGUAACGAGAGCAAUCGUUCAUUCAAGGUCACCUAGUGACACGCCUGCUUGUACACAGAAAUUCUCUGACACUGCAAGUGACGUCAGUGAUAUCAAAGUACAUCAAAAAUCGAAAUCAAACCACAGUUUCGAGCAGUCGCUCAAAAAUAACACAGCUUAUGAAAUACCACGUGAUACACAAUAUCAUGACCCUACUUCUUUAAUUGUGAGAUCAAAGUCUCCACAGCCGAAGCAAACAUUUAAUUUUAGAAAUGAAAGAUCAGAGAGUCCUGUUUCUGUAAUCUCAAAAGCAGAAAGUAUUUAUGAAAUUGUAGAUAAACUCAAAGUAAAUAAGCCCAAAACUCUUCCUAAGCCUAAACUAUUACCGAAGCCAAACACUGCAAAUGCAAUUUAUGCAACUGUUAACAAAAGCUAUUUCAAGGCCGCGUCAAGAGCUGGAAAGAAAGAUAACGUCAUAUGUUCUACUUUUGACGUCAUGUCAAUGGAAGAUGAUGAAGACGAUGCAAUAUCCGCAGAAAGAGAAAGUCAAUACGCAAGACCUGAAGCGUUCAAACCAACAUCGACAUUUACAGUCAAUGUGCCAACGAUCUCACUUCCUGGUGUUUCAACUGGUGACACUAAAAUUUAAUUCUUUA